GUCAAAGGAGGUGGGAUUUCCUCUGUCCCCUCUCAGCAUCAUCCUGCUCCUCCUAGGAUGUGUCGGCGUGCUGUGCACCUGUUUUAUGUAUUAUUUGGGUCAUCGACCGCUGAAAUGCUCUGUUUCAACCAGUGUCAUCAAUAGCCACACGAAAAGGUUCAAACGACCUAUUCGGUGGUAUCCGAGAGGCCUCGACUGAUAUUUUUUCUUUCGGGGUGCAGCAGUGAGACAGCAUCUUUGCCGGGUGACACAUCAUUAUCAGUGCGAGUGGUCAAGCCUCAUAGCGCACCAUGUCGGACAAAAGCGACCUAAAAGCUGAGCUGGAGCGCAAAAAGCAGCGCCUCGCCCAAAUCAGGGAGGAGAAAAAGAGGAAGGAGGAGGAGAGGAAGAAGAAAGAGGUAAGGAAAAAAUCAGAGACCCAGCAGAAGAGAGAGAUGACCCCUGAGGAUUCAGACUUAGACCGUAAACGCAGGGAGACUGAGGCCCUGCUGCAGAGUAUUGGCAUCUCACCGGAGCCUCCUCUGGUCCCGACCCCUGUGUCCCCCUCCAAAUCAGUGAGCACACCCAGUGAGACGGGUAGCCAGGAUUCAGCUGAUGGAGGAACAGCAAGCAGGUUUAGGUCAGGUUUCUCUAAAAACAAGUCCCAAGCACAGAGCUCAAGGACGCUGCAGUGGGACACAGACCCCUCUGUGCUGCAGCUGCAGGCUGAUUCUGAGCUCGGGCGCAGGAUGCAGAGGCUGGGGGCUUCUAAGAUCAUACAGGUAGACUUCCUUCCCAAAGAGGUUGUCUCUUACAGCAAGGAGACACAGACGCCAGUCACCACCAACCCGGUUGAAGUAGAGGAGGAAGAGGAGGAUGAGGAGAUGAUGGAGCCGAAGCCGGGCCCUGACUCAGAGCAGCAGGAUGAAGAUGACAACAGGGAAACCAAAGAAGGCUCAUUUCCUGUGCUGCGGGAGCUGACGGAGGAGGAGAGGCAGCAGAUCCUGCACUCUUCUGAGUUUCAGAGCUUCUUUGACUGCAGCAUCCGGGUGAUGGAAAGAGCUCUGGCCGAAGACAGCGACAUCUUCUUCGACUACAGCGGCCGGGAUCUGGAGGACAAAGAGGGAGACUUGGGUAGCGGCUCCAGCCUGUCCUUCAGCAGACUCUUCUACGAUGAGCACUGGUCGAAACAUCGGGUGAUCACCUGCCUUGACUGGUCUCCUCAGUACCCUGAGUUGCUGGUUGCCUCCUAUAACAAUAACGAAGAUGCUCCUCAUGAACCAGAUGGUGUUGCCCUAGUAUGGAACAUCAAAUUUAAGAAGGCCACACCGGAGUACAUCUUUCACUGUCAGUCUCCUGUUGUAUCUGUGGGCUUUGCCAGGUUUCAUCCCAACCUGGUGGUGGGGGGGACUUACUCGGGACAGAUAGUCCUGUGGGACAACCGCAGUCACCGUCGGACUCCCGUCCAGAGGACUCCCCUCUCUGCUGCUGCACACACUCACCCAGUGUACUGUGUGAACGUGGUCGGCACACAGAAUGCCAACAACCUGAUCACUGUGUCUACAGAUGGCAGGAUGUGCUCCUGGAGUCUGGACAUGCUCUCCCAGCCGCAGGAGACCAUGGAACUGGUGUACAAUAAAUCCAAACCUGUGGCGGUGACAGGCAUGGCUUUUCCCACGGGAGAUGUUAAUAACUAUGUGGUCGGGAGUGAGGAGGGCACUGUGUACACUGCAUCCAGACAUGGCAGUAAGGCGGGUAUCUGUGAGAUGUUCGAGGGUCACCAGGGGCCCGUGACGGGCAUCAGCUGCCACAGCGCAGUGGGCGCCGUUGACUUUUCCCACCUCUUCAUCACAUCCUCCUUCGACUGGACCGUCAAACUUUGGAGCACCAAGCACAACAAGCCUCUGUACUCGUUUGAGGACAAUGCCGACUAUGUGUACGACGUCAUGUGGUCGCCCGUACACCCCGCGAUCUUCGCUGCCGUGGAUGGCAUGGGUCGCUUAGACCUGUGGAACCUCAACAACGACACUGAGGUGCCGACUGCCAGCGUGACCAUCGAGGGCGCAUCGGCCCUCAACAGGGUUCGCUGGUCAUCGGGAGGAAAGGAGGUGGCUGUGGGCGACUCAGAAGGCCGGGUGUGGAUCUACGACACUGGAGAGCUGUCGGUGGCUCACACUGAUGACUGGGGGCGCUUCGCUCGUACACUGAUGGAGAUCCGAGCUAACCGGGCGGAUGGCGAGGAGGAGGGGCCUAUGGAGCUGGCUUCAUAGAGCAGGACUCCAAACCAAAGUGGAGGGAAUCCGAAACCUGGCGUGCUAUUUUAUUUGGUGUCACUGUAGCAUGUGCAGUUUUAUUUGUCUCCUCACCUUUAUGUACAGUUCUUGUCCAGUCCAAACAAGGCGACGCUUUUAUUGUACUUGCAUUCACUCUCCUAUGAAUGCAAACUGUUAAUAGGUAAACUGUUAACCCCUGCUGGUUUGUCCUUCCUUAUUUAUUUGUUCAACGAUUCAAGGUGAUGUGUUGCUUGCGACUCGUGAGCCUACAGCAUAUACCAAGUGGCAAUCUUAUAGCCUUAUGAAGAUAUGUGUACUGUGACGACGCUUUGCACUACGGUAAAAAUAAAGCAGGGUCCAUAGACUAGUCAUGUAUUGUUUACAAGCUGUCAUGUUCACUUUAUGUUGUGUUUCUUUUCGCCUGCAUGCGACACAUUCCUGAAAUAUUCCAGAUGCAUUAACAUUGGAGUUAUUAUGGUGAUGUUUUCCCACGUGGGGCUUUGUGGCUGCUUUUUGUCAGUGUUUCAGGGUGUCAGAUAAAUGAAGUGUGGAACUGGCACUUUGUCUCUCUUUUCUGAACGAGAGCAACAAAACUGUAUAUUCUUUAAUGAGCUGGAACAAUUAUCAAGAGGUAUACUGUAAUGCAGAGUGCUCACUGUUAAACCUGCUAUGUUUACUAUUAAAGCGUAGCUGAUGGACUGU